AGACGUGGGCUCUGCUAUCUGAUGCGGACCGGCUCUCCCCGGGGGGCUGCCGCCUGCAAGCCAUGGGCUAAGGGUGGGCAGGGAAGGUCGCCUCCGGCCGCCCUGGAGAGGCUCUUCCAUCGCGGCAGGCAGGGACUCCACACUUCUGGCUUACCCUUGGAAGUCUAAAUGAAUCACUGGUUAAAGAGAAAUUGGUGUGUGUGUUAUUGUCUCAGAAUAACAUCAUGUAGAUGAGCACAUGUGCAAGUCAAACUUCCAGCUCUCACAUUUGAGAAUUUGAUAGAACAAUUGUUCUAAGGUGAGCCUUUUUUGCCUUAAGUCUGAAUGGGGCAAAGGGACAACACUCAUUCUAAUACUGCUCUGAGGACCUUGCAGCAGUCUAGCCUCUUCUCUAGUCUUGCACUUCUUUUCCAGCCCCCACCCUGAAUGGAUGACCCAUCCCUCCAGAAGGCCCUCCACAAUGCUUGGCCACAGUUGGUGGAUUUCCUUAGCCACACUCCUGAGUGGGUGCUCCAGAAAGCCAAGCAGCUUCUUCCACAGGUGGACGUGAGCCAGGUUGAGGGGAUUGCUAACCACAAAGAGAAGAUCUCCUUGGUCCUCGACAUGCUUAGGAGAAGUGCUGAUGCUUCCAUCUUCAAAUACUUUAUGCAGAGUGUCUGCAUGGAAUGCAACCUGCCCAUGGAACUGGAGAUAAUAUGCAUGAGUGUAUCGGGAGAAGGUCAUGUAACUCCAGUGCAAGAAGAUUUUGAAGAAACAGACGCCCAGUUCCCGUCAACAUCCACAAGACUCGAACGUCGUCGUCCAUGGAGCAGUCCUUCCACCAGCAACAACGGCAAGCAGUCCAAACAGCAACGGCUAGAUUCUGCUGAAAGGUACCGGCAACGUAUCAUCACAGCGAUGUUGCAAAGAUAUGGAGCAAAUAAAUCAGGGGAGGCAACUGAAGGGGAAACUCGGCAAUCAGCCUUCAGCCAAGCUUUUGUCAACCUGGUGAUUCGUCAGAGUAAAGCUUGUAAAAUAAAGGGCAAAGCCAAAGAAGAGCCCAUUGCUCUGCAUGAUGGGGAAGAGUACAGUGAUGCAACCAUGAGGUUGUCUGAUCUUUUUAAAAACAUGCCUUCCGGUACCACCAAUGUCAUUCUUCUCUUGGGCAAACCGGGCAUGGGGAAAACGAGACUCGUGCACAAAAUUUGCCAGCAGUGGGCCGAGGGGAUGCUGCCGCAGUACCAACUGAUCUUCCUCUUUGAGUUUAGGCAGUUGAAUCUGAUCAGCAGAAGGCUUUCUCUGCGAGAACUUUUAUUUGACUUCUUCCUUCAUCCAGAAGGUUGUCCCGAUGCAGUGUUUGAACAUCUCCUAGAGGAUGCCCGGCACGCCCUCUUGAUCUUUGAUGGGAUGGAUGAGUUUGUGGGGAACGUCAAGCAACCCUCCUUUCCAAACUCAAGGGGCCUUGAUCAUCUCAAAUCUCUUUUUGUCUCGGAACUCUUUGCCAGUCUUUGCCAUGGAAACCUCCUACCUGGCUGCACCAUGCUGGUCACAACCAGGCCUAAGAUGCUCCCUAACACUUUAUUGAAAACUGUCACUCUUCUGGCAGAAAUCUGGGGAUUUGACCGCGAGAAGGUUGAGGAAUAUACCCGUUAUUUUUUCCACUGCAAUGCACUGAAAAAUCAAGCCAUUGCCUGCCUGAAAAGCAACAGCAAGCUCCUCGGCAUGUGUUACACCCCUGCCUUGUGCAACAUUGUCUGUCUCUGUCUGGAAUAUUUACUCUUGCAAGAUGAAAGAAGGGUCCAGCUGCCUCAAACUGUGACCCAGUUUUAUAUCAAGAUGGUGCUCAUCUUCAUAUGCAAGUCAAGCAAGUUGAGCGAAGCGAGUGAGGAAGCUGAUAUGAGUCAACAUCAAGCUGCUAUUGCAAGCCUGUGUGAGUUGGCCUUCAAGGGUCUGGAAGAGAAGAAGGUGUUGUUUUAUGCUGGCGAAGUCCCAGAGCACACAAGGAAUUUUGCUUUAUUAUAUGGCUUGCUUUUGGCCUUUAAGGUAAAGGCAAGCAACGGCAGUUCACAAGAUGGAUACACUUUCGUCCACUUCAGUUUUCAAGAGUUCUUUGCAGCGCUUUUCCUGUUGACGAGCAAAACUAUAGAUGACAACUGUCUGAGGGAGAAAUUCUUCUUGAGGUCAAAGUGGAUUUUAAAGAAGGAAUCUAAGAUGACAUUCACUGAGAACUGCCACGUCUUCUUGUCGGGCCUUUCAUCCCAAGCGUGUCGGCAAUUUCUUAGCUCCUUAGCUGGGCAAAAUAAGAGUUGGAUACAGGAGCGGCAAGCCAUAAUCACACAGAUGCUGAGGAAACUAGCAACAGCCAGUUUGACCGGGCCUAAAGUUGUCGAGCUGUGCCACUGUGUGUAUGAGACACAAGACCUUGGCUUAGCGCAGCAUGUUGGGGCACAGUUAAACUUCAGCUAUCAGUUUAGAAAUUUCCGGCUGAUGCCACUGGAUAUGACGAAUCUGGCUUUUGUCAUCAACAGCAGCCCUAAUUUAGUGAGCUUAGGUUUUGUGGGAUGCCCAAUGGAACUGGAGUAUUUGGAUGUUUUAGCCAGUUGUGAAAAUAUAAAGAACCUGAGCUUUCAGAGCAGGAGGUACGGAAAUGAAUUUGCUGCAGUCCUUUCCAAAAGCCUACCGAAGAUCAAAUGCCUGACAACCUUUCAGUUGGCAGGUGGAAAUAUCACAAUCUCCGGACUUGAAGAUCUUCUACGAGCCUUUGCAGACUGCCAGCAACUUGAAGACAUAAACUUGCAGGACAACAGGAUGAAGGAACAGGAGAUGAUCAAGAUUAUAGAAAUGUUUUCCACGGUGGAAAAGCUAAAGAAAAUAGAUUUAAGCCACAAUAAGAUUUCGGCAAACACCAUUCUAGCUUUUUGCAGAGCUGCUGCCAUUUCUCCCAACGUUACUGCACUGCAUAUCAGGAAGAACACUUUAACAAUUAAUUUUACGGGCCGUUCCAUAAAAAGUGGCAGGUCACAACACUUAGGGAUAAAUGAAGAAGAAACUGUUCCUCGUGCCCAAACUUUAAAAUUACGACUUCAGGAUUGCCAAUUGUAUCCCCAACAUGCAAAAGAGAUCGCCACCAUUCUCGAGAGCUGUUCCCACCUGUCUGAAAUCGAUUUGUCAGGUAACAAUCUUGGUGAUGAAGGAUGUCGAAAGCUGGUGGAGAUGCUGUCCAAAAUGUCGAUUUCUGGCCCUUUGAAUUUAAAUAACAACCAGCUGUCUCUGGAGAGCAUUUUCUGUCUCUUGCAUUCAAUGAAGAUUUGUCCAAAUAUCCAGAAACUUGAAGCCAGUCUUCAUCAGAAAACUGCAGUUUUGACACUGGCUAACAAAACGGUUACUGAUGAUUCUCAUUCCAGGACUUACUCUUUGAAUGAAGAUCAGUUGAGCCCUGAUAAAGAACGGAUGUUGGCAACAUCAAGAAAAAUAUGCUUGACAGGCAACAAUUUUCAGGGUGAAGAUUUGAAGAAUUUAUGCUUGGCCCUGAGAAGUUGUCGCAAUGUAACUGAGUUGGAUUUGUCAAAUAAUUCUCUGGUAGACUUGGGGGUUCUGAAGGUGGCGGAACUUCUUCCGGAUAUGAAAGCGCUGCAUUCUGUAAUAUUGAAUCAGAAUGAUAUAUCCCUGGAUGGUGUUUUUUGCUUGGUACGAUCCUUUUCCACCUUGAAACAGAUGACCUCAAUUCACUUGGAUUUGGGAAAUCCCCAGUCAGUUCACUUAUCCUUUGGAGACAGGUUCAGGCCCAAACUGACUGGUGAACAUGAAGGGGAGCUGCUGGUUUGUCCACAACACUCAGUACUUGCCCGCCGUUUUAGUCUCAGGGAUUGUGCAAUGGCCCCCCAGGAUGUUGUUAGACUCUUUGGAAUUCUGAACACAUGCUCCGGGCUAUCAGAGAUCAACUUUUCUAGGAACACACUGAGUGAUCAAGGCAUCGAACAACUACUGAGGUUUCUCCCCCAUCUCCACAGUUUGAAGUUCUUGAGCAUCAGAAAUAAUCCAUUUUCACGAAGUUGCAUUUUCCUGCUGGCCAAUAGCUUUAACCUGUGUGAGCGAAUCUGUGAAGUUGAAGUCAGAUCCAGUGAAAAUGCUUUCUUGCAUUUUGUGGAUAGUCAAGAAAGUCGAGAAAUACACUGCAGGCUGAUAGACUGUGACAUUGGCCAGGAUGAUAUUAAAGGACUGUGUGUAAUCUUUGAGAAGAGUGGCUGCCUUGUAGAACUGGAUCUGUCCGGGAACUGUCUUGGUAAUGAUGGGUUGAGGUGUCUUUUAGAACAUUUGCCCAGGAUUCACAUUUCCUGUCUCAUGAAGAUCAGCCACAAUGGAAUCUCACAAGAUGGAGUCCUCUCUCUUGUUAAUGCUUUGGCCGUGUAUCCAAAUGUUGCUGAAGUUCACGUAAGUUUAUGCUCUGAGGAAACACUGGUGAUCACUUUAGCGAGCGAAAAUAAUCCUCAAAAGAUCCUGAGGCUAAAGCAAUGCAACUUCCAAACAGAACAGCUGGCACAGCUGACAUCCGUGCUAGGAAAGUGCUUUGCUCUGACUGAUUUCAUGUUAGCUAAUAAUGGCCUGACACUCAGCGAUGCAGAGGCUUUGUUUAGGGCCCCCAGGAAACUUACAGGCAUGCUAAGGAUGGGCAUAGAGGAGCCGUGGGUGAAGAAUGAGAGUCUAGUUGGCCUUCUGAAGUUGGCUGUCGAAGUCCAAGGAAACAUUAUGGAAGUCAUGAUAAGGAGAGAGACAUCCCUCUUUGUGGUGGAACAGGGAUUUCCGUAUCCAGCGGAGAAAGUAGAGUCUGUGGUUAGCAGGUUGCACCAAUGUGAACUAGAAGCCAAAGGAGUUCCCUUCCUGCCGAAGAUCAUUGAGAAAUGUCAUCAGCUCUGUGCACUAAACUGGUCUGAAGUGGAGCUCACAGAUCCUGAGGUGGCAACCAUCUCCGACGCCCUAUUGCAUUUUCCAACGCUGAAGAGACUUGAGUUGACGUGUUGCAGGAUAUCUCCCUUUGGAAUUGAGCACUUGGCUGAAGCACUGAAUCGGUGCCAAGCAAUUGAAGAGAUCAACAUAUCCAAAUGCAACUUUGGCAUUGACGGCUUGAGUGCUCUAGUGAAUGCUCUGGAAGGAAAACUGCACUUGAAAAACAUAACCCUUGGCUUUUUGAAUCUUGAAAGUAGAAGCACUCUGAAACUGAUUUCAAAACUAUCCACAAUGCCUCUCCUGAGAAGACUUGUUUUGAACAAUAACAAUCUUGGUAGUGAAGUCUGUCUCCACCUUGCAGAAAUGUUGAAGAAUGCCAUUCACAUGGAAGAAAUCAAUUUAAGCUACAACGAGAUUGAGGAUGCUGGAGUGAAAGAAAUAGCCACAGCUGUUCCAGAAAUGAAGAACUUGAAACAAAUCGACCUGUCACACAACAGCAUCAGCUCUGCUGGAGGACGAUGUUUUGUGGAAGCUCUGGCUGGCAGCCAGCAGAUGCAGGAACUCAGGUUAUCUGAGAACAAUAUUGGACACAAGACUGUGGCAAAGCUAGCCACAGUUCUGCCUUCUGUGCACCACUUGAAGGUCCUUCACCUGUCUUCCUGCAACAUUGACUCGGAGGGAAUUUCUCAUUUGGCCAAAGCGCUGUCCGAAUGUCCACAAAUACAGGAGCUCAGUUUGUCAGAAAACCGCAUUGGGAACAAAGGUGUCAAGUCCCUUGUGGAAGGGCUUCCACAAUCUUCACAACUCAAGAAGCUUGAACUGAAAAUGUGCGGAAUUGAUGACUCGGUUUCCAAGCCCCUUGCCUUUGGGGUUAGCCGCUGUGCUGUGCUUGAAGAGAUUGUCCUGUCAUGGAAUGCACUUGGUGAUGACAGCGUCCUGGAACUGGCCCAGAUUCUUCCGGGGAUGGAGAGACUAAGAGUACUGGAUCUGGACUAUAACAAAAUCACAGACUGCGGGGUCAGAAGGCUAGCUGAAGAGCUUGCUCGGUGUCGAAGAAUCCAGUCUGUACGGUUAUGGCACAACAGGAUUUCCAAGGAGGCAGAGCGGGAUCUGAACAAGGAAGAGCCUCGGCUGCAUUUCUCAGCUUAAAAAGGGAGUAAACAAGGUUGCAUUCAGCCACACCGUUGGUGAUGAUAUUACUGCCAAUUGCAAAGGAAGACAGCCUGUGAACAAAAGGGUAGUUCAAAGCACAGAAGCACAAGUCCUGUUCAUGCCAUCAGCACAGCCAAGAACAAGCAGCCGGCUAGGACAAGGCAGAAUUCUCAUAUAGAAGAGGCAGGAUCUGGGCUUUUGCUCGAUGGGAAGAGGGUGCAGAAAGCCCACUUUUUUAAACAUCUACACCAUGAGACAACAGGGUUCCGCCAGAACUGAGUUUAUCAAAAUUCAUCAUCUGUGUAACCCAAAUUCUGUGCCAAGAAAAGACAAAAUUCUUCAAAGCUGCGUAAAGCUUGCAGAUUUGCAGGGAUUAACUUAUUUUGCAUAACUUAUUUUGCUUUUUCUAGUCCCAGGGAGAGGCAAACGGCCUUUGGAAGGUCUGUACUAGUUCUCCCCCUCCAACGCUGGAAAUACUUGGUGACCCCCCCCCCUCCCUCGGCGUGUAAGAUAUUGCUAGGAGAGGCUCAAACAUUUCCCAGCUGAUCUUCAGAGUUAUAAGGGUAUACGUAUUAUUUUUAAUGAACUCUGGGAUUCUCAGGAAGCUGGAUUUGGGGGUGAGGGUCUGCACUUGUAUAAAUUUGUGCACAAGACUAAACAUGUUUUUCUCUGCAAGAUUUCAGUCUAUCCUGAACUUUCAUGCUAGGGCAGCAUAGAAAGGGUUGUAGUCCAGUGACUGAGCUCAUCUGCUUCACUUGCAGAAAGUCCUGGGUUCAAAUUCAAGGAUCAGGGCAACUAUAGAUGGGACAUUGGGAAGGAUUUAUUAUCCUUCCGAUGGGCCUGUAAGACAGAGACGUUCCGCCAGGCAUAUGGCGGAGGCUAGGCUGGGCCCCCGCCGGCCAUACUUGACUUGACUUGAAAAGAUCUGUCCACCACCCUAUAUAUAUCUAUAGAUAUGGAUAUAUGGGUCAUGCCUGAAAUGAAGUAACUCUUCCAUCGCCAUCUGAGAAGAAGUUUUUAUUGUAUGUAGUGUUUUAAAUUUUUUUGUAAUGCUUUAUCUGCUUUUAUAUGUUUUUAUUUAAAUUAAAAUGUUGUGCUCCACCCUGAGCCCGCUCAGUGG